GAGCUUUUGCAACGGAUGUGACCUAUGGCGCCACACCUUUGCAUUUCAGCAGCAUUGGCAAGAGGAUCGCUACAGCUAACUUCGGCUUGUUCGAAAAUACGAAAUUGCUCUUGGAGGUGUCGCCAGAAGCACUUCCGGUUGUCGACGUGUUUGGGAAAACAGCUUUGCAUGUUGCAGCAGAUACUGGACAUUUUCACAUUCUCCAGCUUUUGCUCGGACACUGGCCUGAAGGGUUGUUUAUCAAAGACAUGAAUGGCCAGACGCUCAUGAACUAUGCAGCAUGCGGCGUUGUUAUUUCGGUGGGCUGCAACGGCACCAUGCUGCAGCCUUGGAAGGAGGUAGCCUUGAGCUUGGAAUGUAAGCACUUGGACCUGCUUUCGAAGCAGGACCUGGAGCUUUGGCUGCAAUGCGGUGGUGACCUUCGGCUUCAACCUUUUGGGACACCACUGCUAAGCCACCUGAAGGAUGAGGAGGCUGUUCAGUUUUGGCAGGAGCGUGUGGAAUCUGAGCUGUCCGAGACGAUUGUGGAAGACUGGGGCACUUGGAUAGCUCUAAGCGCUGCCCUCGUUGCUGCUGUUGCAACCGUAGGCCUGGAGCAUUUGUAUGCCAAGCUCUGGAAGCCAGCCGGCGAAGCUGAGCGCAGUCAGUUUCAGCUAGGUGCCAGUACAUUGGCGUGCAAGGCUUUCGGGGCCAAUGUGGGGCUUCGCAAAGGCUGGCGUCUACUCGAGGUCUACUGGUUCAUGCUACUUGUUGGCUUGCGUCCGAUGAUUUAUUAUUGGGCAUCAUGGUAUCCACUCAUAGCGGUGCUUUAUGUCGUCCCCGGCAUCAUUGCCUAUGGCGCGAUGGCAGUGCUCCGCAACCCAGUGCUGAUCCUCACCACAAACAAUCUCGCCAGCUAUGUGUUUGCCCUCCUGCGGGUGAUAGUCCUUCAGAUUCUGAACCAUCUUGUGCUGGAUUAUCAGUUGGGACGUUGGUUCAGAUUAGCUGGAAGUGAGACUGACCUCAUGGUCCGUCCAAUAGAUCCCUCCUAUUGGCUAUCUUGGCUUGCUAACCCGGAUUUUACAACAUGGUUUGCGCAAAAGCCCUUGACGCUUUGGCGGGCGAGCAACUUGCAGGACGACAUCCCCUGGGCACCAUCCAUGAUGGCCAACGAGAUCUUUGAGGUUCUGAAUGGUAUUGCCGACUUUGGUCCGUGGCUGUAUGGCUUUUGUCUGCUGGUGGCAAUUCUGCACAGCUUUGGAAGGCGUCAUGCUCGAACAGCAACACUUUGCUGUGGAGACCUGGGCCAAAGCAUCACGAGCCAGGCACAUGAGAUUCAACUCGCAGUUCAGGAACUCCUUCAAAAGGAAGUUGGGCAAUUUCGCGAAGUGAACGCGAAGAUCAAGCCGGUGGUAGGCUGGGCGUGGCCUUGGCAGGACGUCGGCAUCUAUCCCAGAGUUGCCUUCAUGUUGCUGGACAUGGCCCUUGACAUCAACACAGUCGUUGCAUUCUUCUCUGAGGGAAGCACCGGGUUUGCUGGCAUCAUGGCUUUCGUGGUGGCACGAAGUAUUCUGAAUCAGAUGCGCAUUCUUCGGCCAUGGAACCUCCAAAAGGCGAUCCGUGCCAGUAUCGCAAGAGGAAUUAUGCGGCAAGACCUCCUGGACUUCUUCAUGGAGGAGAAGCGGUCCGAAGGUCUGGUUGCUGCCGUGCUCACCGGUUGGUCGAUCCUCUUAUCAGUCUCGGCCUCUCAGAUGCUGCUGCAGACAUUCAGCUGGAUCUUGAGCAUGUACUCAGUUGGAGGCUACCUGGUGCAGGUGUGCGACUGGGAGAUUCCUGAGGGCACUAGCAAAGAGAAGGCUGCACCGUCGCCCGCGGAGUCCGUGGAGGACGAGGAUUUGGUUGAGAUCUGA